CAAUCUAUUAUUAUAUUACUAUUUAAAUGACUAGGAAUUUUAUGCUGACAGAUAUUGGAUUGAACAGCAACAAGGAUUUUCUAAGGGUUACUACUGCCAAAUUUGUUCGAGGAAUUUCAAUCAAGCCUGAUGUUCCUCCUCCCCAAGCUUCUAAAUCGAUGGAAGAUUCUUCUCCCCCGGAAGAACAAAAAAAAGACAAGCCCAAGGCCGAGGCUACUGCAGGGCCUGAGGCUGAGGCUUUACCUGAAGCGCCAAUUGUGUUUGUUAGGUCGAAAUCAGAUGGUGAUAUAGAGAGUUUUUCUGUGAAGACGAAAAAGAGGAAAGAGGAACUAAUAGGUCGUGUACCAAAACAGCGUUUAACUAGAACAUCGUCAGGACAACUAGCACAUAGCACAGGUGUUUGUCACUAUGCAUGUUCAGCUCAAAUGUCGAACCCGAAAAGGGCUAAAACCAAAUCAGCCCUGCCUAGUGAGGUGUUACAAUCUGUAUUUUCACCUGAUGCUUUUGACUCAUUCUUCCUGAUAAAGAAUUUGGACACUGGAAAGGAGUUUAUUGUGAAAGAAUCCAAUGAAAAGGGAAUGUGGAAUAAGCUAAAUGACGUUCAAACUGGGAAACAACUUACAAUGGAGGAAUUUGAGAAAUCUGUUGGAUAUUCACAGUUUGUGAAGGAAGUAAUGGCUCGUACUAAUGUCUCAAGGAGUCUUGACGAUGCCAAGAAAGUAAAUAUUAAUUCAUAUCUAACUAAGAGUUUCAGGAAUGGCAAAAGAAUGGGUGCCUAUUUCUUGAAGAACAUCAUGGGAGUGGCAAAUACCAUGAAUGGAAAAGUUGUAGAAAAAGAAGGAGAACAUUCUUCACAAUCUUCACUGGUAGAACAGAGAGCUAAUAAAACUUCGUCACAAUGGAUCAAAGCUCACCAGUAUGGGAAAUCCUACAAAGAAUUUUCAGCUUUGCACAUGUCUCAAGAAAUUCAAGCUCAUGACGGCUCAAUAUGGACGAUUAAGUUUAGCUGGGACGUGUGUUUCCUGGCAAGCACGGGAGAAGAUGGUAUAAUUCAUGUAUGGGAAGUGCAAGAAUGUGAUGUUACGUCAACAAGAUCGCCUGAUAAUACAAAUUCACCGGGGGAAACACCUGCUCACCCGAUGGCAGGCACCACUUCAGAUCAGCCUCCACUAGCAGAGAUUACACCUAUGCCAUCCGCAAUGAAAAGAAGAGGGGGGAAUAAUAGGAAAAAGGGAAACUCGAUUCCAGACUAUGUUAGUAUGCCAGAAACCGUAUUUUCUCUUUCAGAAAAGCCGUUCUGCACUUUCAAAGGUCACCAAGGCCACGUGUUAGAUCUCUCAUGGUCAAAAUCUCAGGUCAGCUUCCCACAUCGUAGUUUCUAGUAUAAGGUAGGAGCGCAAUAAAUUAUUUGAUUCAUUGUAUAAUUCAUUCGUUUUUCUUCCUAAUUAGAACUAGUCGUCUGUAAGAGUCAAGAAAUGGUAAAAAUUUUGAAAUAGAACUCUCUGUUUUCUGAUUCUUAAGAUGACCAUUUAGUUAAUAACUGGAAACAGUUAACAUAAAGGAAUAAAGUUCUAUGCAGCUACUGCUAUCAUCUUCGAUGGACAAGACAGUUAGGCUGUGGGACUUGGAGACAAGAAGCUGUUUAAAGAUGUUUGCACACAAUGAUUAUGGUGAGACACCGAACUUAUGCUGCAAUUAUUCAAUCACCAGGGCCUAAAAAUUGCUUAUGAUUGUUGACGUGUUAUUUGUAUUAGUCCUACUUCUGAUGAGUAUGGUUUGGCAGUCACUUGUGUACAGUUCAAUCCAGUAGAUGAAGAUUAUUUCAUCAGUGGUUCACUUGAUGGAAAGGUCCGAAUUUGGAGCAUACCUGAUCGUCAGGUUGUCAACUGGACAGAUCUCCAUGAGAUGGUUACAGCUGCUUGCUACACUCCUGAUGGCCAGGUACAUACAUCCAAAUUUUCAUACAAUUCUACCGAAACUUGUAUAUGAAAGGACUUUUACAUUACUUCAGUUCAUGUAAAAUCAACUCUGUACAUCUACAUCUCUAUCGAAUUCUUUAGUAACACC